AAAGACGGAAACUUCUUUGUUCACACAUACCAUAUGCACUGAUUAAUUAUUCUAUAAAUAUUCUCAUGUUCCUUCACAUGGAGAGGAGAGCUGCAAUUAGUGGGAUCCAGAACUAAGGAUUUUGAGAGGAUAUUGUGUGGAAACAUGGAGGAGGACAAUAACCUUGGACAGCCAUUGUUGAAGAAAGUGUACCAUGAGAACUGCCCAGGUUGUAAGGUGGAUCAAGCCAAAGCCCUCAAAAAGGAUGUUACCUUUAGAAAUAUCUUCAAUAUAUGGAUUGUGGUGUUAUGCAGUGGUCUGCCAAUAUCAUCUCUCUAUCCUUUUCUUUAUCUAAUGGUGAAGGAUUUUAAUAUUGCAGAAAGUGAGGAAGAUAUCAGUUCCUAUGCUGGUUAUGUGGGAUCUGCAUUCAUGCUUGGUAGAUGUGUGACAUCUAUAUUCUGGGGAAUAGUAGCUGAUCGUUAUGGUAGGAAACCAGUUGUGAUUAUAGGGACUUUCUCUGUCAUCAUUUUCAACGCACUGUUUGGCCUUAGCACUAAUUUUUGGAUGGCUGUUAUUACAAGAUUUCUUCUUGGAAUUUUUAAUGGUAUACUGGGACCAAUAAAGGCCUAUGCUUCUGAAAUAUUUCGAGAAGAAUAUCAAGCUCUAGGACUCUCAACCGUUUGUGCUGCAUGGGGAGUAGGAUUAGUCUUUGGCCCAGCACUGGGAGGUUAUUUGGCUCAGCCAGUAGAAAAAUACCCAUAUUUAUUUUCAAAGGGCUCCUUUUGGGAAAGGUUUCCCUAUUUCUUGCCCUGUUUCGCAAUAUCAGCUGUUGCAAUUUUAGUAGCCAUCGCCUGCAUUUGGCUUCCGGAGACACUGCAUAACCACGAUGUGGUAAUUGACAACAACAUUGAAGUUUUAGAAAAUGGAAGUAGUUGGACUGACAAGGACAAGACGAUCCAAAAAAAUGAAAGUGUCUUUCUCAAUUGGCCGUUAAUGUCCUCGAUCAUUAUUUAUUGUAUUUUUGCACUUCAUGACAUUGCUUAUUCAGAGGUUUUCUCAUUAUGGGCUGUGAGUCCUCAACGAUUAGGAGGUUUAAACUUUACAACUAAUCAAGUUGGUAAUGUUCUCGCGAUUUCAGGUUUUGCUAUUAUAAUCUUUCAACUUGGACUAUACCAAUCGAUACAAAAAGUUUGUAGUCCUGUUAACCUUACUCGCAUCACAGCGGUGUUAUCCAUACCCGUCUUGCAAAGCUACCCCUUCAUGACAAUGUUGUCAGGCUUCUCACUGUACAUAGCAAUAUGUAUUGCUUCCAUUUUAAACAACGUGAUGAUUGAGAUAGUUUCAACUGGUUUGUUGCUUUUACAAAAUAGAGCGGUGGAGCAACAUCAAAGGGGAAUAGCCAAUGGCAUUUCUAUGACUGCUAUGUCAGCAUUCAAAGUAAUUGGUCCAACUGCAGGUGGUGCAAUAUUAACAUUGUCACAAAAACGGUUAAAUGCUUCUUUCCUCCCAGGCACCCAUUUGGUCUUCUCUUUUCUUAAUGUUGUUGAAGGACUUGGAGUGUUGUUGAUGUUCAAACCAUUCCUAAGUAUAAAGAAAUCACCCUUAGAACUAUUAAAAUGAUAUUAAUAAAUUUUGCAUGAAGGGUGAGACAUCUCAAGUUCAAUUCAAUGCAUAUAGAUGUUGAGAUUACAAUAAUGAUGGUUGUUUUCAAUGAAAAUUAGGGAAGUAAACAAUGUACCGAAGUUGGUAAACUUACUAGGUAAGCCAACUAUCAAUACUUACAUCUUUAUCAAGUGGAGUAUAUUUGGCCAAUCCUUUUUACAAUUAUGAACGAAUGCUU